GCUCAGCAGCUGAGCGACAGAAGGGGAGGGAGCUGUGCACACAGAGAGGGAGAGAGAGAGAGAGAGAGAGAGAGAGUGAGAGAGAGAGAGAGAGAGCGAGAAAGGGGAACGAGAGAGCGAGAGAGAGUACUGGAGAAGAGAACUGUUUCCUACGGCUCUGCAGCUUCUGACAAGACGGCCCGAGAACAGGAUGUUAAUGCUUGACGGAAUGCCUGCAGUCCGAGUCAAAGCCGAGCCCCUGGAAUCGGAACAAGGGUCCCCCAAAGUACACCGCUACCCCACGAUGGACGCCGUCCCCCUCCUCCUGAGCAAAGUCAAAUCUGAACCUCCUGAGGACCUGCUCUCCCACGACCCCCACUUCCAGACGCAGACCGAGCCCGUCGACCUGUCAAUCAACAAGCCGCGCCCCUCCCCCCCGUCCGUCACCUCCACCGCUUCUCCUGUCACUUCCGCUUUCUCUCCGUCCUCCAUGUCUUCUUUAUCAUCAUCCUCCUCCUCUCCGUCUGUCAUCACAUCUGCCUCAUCUGUGCUCACACCCGGGCCCCUGGUGGCCCCUGGAGCCGGUGUCCAGGGUCAUCAUCAUCAUCAUCAUCAUCAUCAGCAGCAGUUUUUGCACAUCCUGCACCCUGUGCCGCCGCCACCCUCCAGCCCCUUGAACCUGGGAGGGGUACAGGGCAUAGGAGGAGGAGUAGGGGGAAAGAUGGGGGGCCACCACCUGCAUCGUAUCCCUGUAGUGGUACAGUCACUGCCCCUUAUGUACACCACGGCCGUGCGCUCACCCUCCAGCCUCCACAACAAUGCCAUCAUGCUACCUCUGCUGGACAAUCAUAAGAGCCACCAUAGCAAAGCAUACACAGACCACAACAGCUUGUCGCCGCGGCACAUCAAGAGUGACAGUGACGAUGAUGACCUGCCCAAUGUCACCCUGGACAGUGUCAUCGAGACCGGAUCUACCGCUCUGUCUAUAGCACGCGCCGUACAGGAUUCCAUGUCACCAUUCAGUAUUGAGAGCAUACGCCGCCCACGGAGGUCAGAGUCGCCCGACUCCAAGAAGAGACGCAUCCACAGGUGUGACUUUGAGGGCUGCAAUAAGGUCUACACCAAGAGCUCCCAUCUAAAAGCACACCGGAGGACGCACACAGGUGAGAAGCCAUACAAAUGCACCUGGGAUGGCUGCACGUGGAAGUUCGCCCGCUCUGACGAGCUGACUCGCCACUACCGGAAACACACAGGCAUCAAGCCCUUCAAGUGUGCAGACUGUGACCGCAGCUUCUCCCGUUCGGACCACCUGGCUCUGCAUCGACGGAGACACAUGCUGGUGUGAGACAGUUUCAGGGUGAUGAUGUCAUCAGACGAAGCAGAAGCACACAUUUACACACACACACACAUCGCCGCAGGGGGGAGCGGGGUCUCUCCCUCAAUGUGGUUCAGCUGGACUGGACACACACUGUUGUCUGUCCGUGAGGCAGUGGGAAGAGAGAGCGAAAAGCACAGAAUGGUGUCUGUCUGUCCACAGAGCAAAAAAAAAACAGGGUCGGUUCUGGAUCCUCACUGACUGAGGAGGGAUGGAACCGGAGAAGGCUCUUUUGUUGUCAUUUUGGAGUUUGGAGUUUUUACGACAAUCUGUCUUUUUUCCUAGCACUGUUCUUAAAUGGUUUCACUUCUGAGUUUUUUUGGAGGGAUGUUCUUCGUUCAUUUGGAAGGAAACUUGAAUCGCAACCGUUUUGUUCUUGUUGUCUUUGUUUUGGUUAUAUUGUUCAAAAUGGCUGCUUUUCUAGCGUCUAUAAUGUGAAAGAACUCUAUGGAUUGGAUGGCUGGAUGAAUGGAUGGAAGGGCUGUAUGCAUGUGUUUUGAAGUAUAGGGCCUUGGAUUGGACAAUGGAAUAAAAAGACACAGAUUCCAAUUUGCCUAUGGAAAGUAUUGUUGCACAGUUCCCGCCGUACAGCAGCUUCCUGAAUCUCUGUGUUUCAGGACAACCCGGCACCAGAGGGUGCCAUCCACACAUAGAUUGUACCUAUAAAAACUGGUUUGAGUGUUCUAGAAUCAGUAUUGUAGAAUAAGUUCUAGUACCAGUGUUCUAGAUUAAGAAGCAUCCGGAGCAUCGCAAUGGACCAGUGAUGUAGAUGCAGAGUUGUUUUUGCUAUUUGUUUUGUUUUUCAUUCAAUGGAUCUUGUUAACACACGAGAUCGACUCAACCACAUUGAGGCUCAUCACCUUGAGCCUCUUCUAAACUUUUUCUUUAAAAAAAAAACUUGAUUGGUGCAUUUUGUGCAGUGAUUAGCAAUCAGUAAAGUGCAAUCUCAUUGGGUAAAUAGAGUUUUAAUAUGGAGACUUUUAUUGUUUCUAGUUUAUUGUAUCUUGCUGUGUAUGCCUGUUUUUGAUACAUUUUCACAAAGAAACAUCAAUCCGCACCCCCAAUGUACAAUGAAAAAUCGAAUGAACAUAUCCGGUAUGUGAAAACAACUUUGAAGCACCUUACAGAUUCACACAUAUGAUGAUUCCAUAAUAUUCAAGGAUUUUGUUUCAUAUCCCUGGUAUUUUCAGUGGAAGGGAUUGGCAUUGUGAUCAUUUGUGUGUUAGUAGUCUAUAGGUAAAGCAUAUUGGCUUCAGUUCAGAGGGCUAACCCGGGAACUCAGUUGCUCUAGUUCAAUUGGAAAGCAAUACAUUCAGAACAGGGAAAUGUGUUCUUGUAUCCUUGUUCUGGUUGCUGAUACCCAAAAUGACCCUAAAUCCCUCUGUUACAGAUAUAUUUCUACCAGUGCCACUUCGUACUCUAUACUACACAUUUCUAUAUUUCUACUGGGUUUGUAGCUACAGCACAAGGGUCUAGGCAAGCUCACUGUAAACAGUUUGGAAAAUGUCACAUUAAUGAUGGGUGGUUGAGGAGGAACAGGUUUUUUCAAAAUGUAUUCAUGAACAGACCUACAUGUUUGUCGAACUUGGAACAAAAUCUCCCCUUCUCUUUUCUACAUCGUAGUACACGAUGCACACAGACAGUUGGCCCUGUAGCUUUGUCUGGCGGUUUGCGAGAGAGCGGUGUCUUUUUUAGUCAUGCAUACACCAAACAUGAUGUGAGGUCUUCAGAUUCAGCUUCAGGUCUACCUUUUCUUGCAAUUUGUCUUGCAUGUCCCUCAAUGACAGAUAUACAUACUGCGGUUUUUACUGUCUCAUCUAUCAUAUCUCAGAGUAAAGGGUUAUUCAACACAGUAAAACCACAUGUUGAUCAGUCUCUGCACAUGGAUCAAAAAGAGAUCUACGGCAAUAUAGAGAUGUUUUUACAGCUAUAGGCUGCCUUACAAAAAUAUUCAGACCCCUUGGAUUUUUUUCAAAUUUAUUGUGUUACAAAGUGGAAUUAAAUUGUAAUUUUUUUG